AGCGCAAAUGAACACAAGACCCACUCAGUUCGAACGGAUGUCGCAUGUAACACCCUCUUUGUUAGCCGCCUACGUACAAACGGCCAUCGUAUGUUCGUCAUUUUUGUGUUCGAAAUCCUUUACUUCUGUACAAAAUGGAAUGCCCUUCAAUUUCCGGUGCGGAAACUGUAAUCCCCUAACGUAGUUUUGACCAUUUAUCAGUAAAAAUGGGCAGAUUACAUACGAAACGAAGGCAGAUGGAAAAUCGGGCACGAGAACGGGCAGCCCCGUGGUGACAUCAUCAGGCGGCAACACAGGGACCUUUCACUGUCGGACUGGCGCGCGCUAAACCGUCACAUUUGUAGUUCAUGUAUACGUAUUUAUCACAAUAUAUUUGCGAUUUCACAUUUUAUUGUAUUGGGGAUAUUAUUCCGCGAUGGAGGAGUUCGACGUUGACCCGAUAAUUACAAAUAUUCCAAUAUCCAGUCAUGGGAAACAUUUGGGUUUUGCCUGUGGUCCGGGAGAUAUCCUCGUGUAUGAGACCCUUUACAAACAAUCUGGCGCUUCGGGAUCAUGCAGCUCCUUCAUCCACCAGGUCAGGAAAGACGAGGAAAUUCACUCCCCCAUUCUACGCAAACUCUUCAACGAGUCACACCACAUCUUUGUUGGCCUGCAGACAAUCCAAGAUGAAAUCCCCAUCAAGAACAAGAAGUCCCAAUAUGUCAGCAUUAGUAAAAAUUAUAGAUCUGUAAUACGGGCCUGUAUAGAAGAGCUUCAACAAGUUGCAGUUAAUACCAAAGACUCUGCGGUGUGCACACAAUAUGGAAAUCAGGUGUCAAUCCUGUUGGCCAUUGAACUGAUCUGGAAUCUAUGUGAAGUCCUCUUCAUUGACGCUGUGGGCGCCCUGUUGCUCCACCUGCUAGACUGGGUGAGAUUACACAAGGGCGACGUGGACGAGAAGGCGACGCACGUGCUGCAAAGCGAGAGUCCCGCCGAACACAGUGACUACUGGGACGUGGUGGUGGGCUAUGUGCUGCAGGGCCGCUUGGAAGAAGUCAGACAGUUGCUGGUGAAGCAGGCCAUUCUCCAACCUGCUGCCAGGAAUAUGUACAAGCUGAUGGACAACCUGCUUAGCAAGAUGCCCUUCUAUAAUCCCGGCGGUACCCAGACACCGACAGAUUUUGACGUCAAGUGGAGACACUGGCACGAAGAAGUGGACCGCUGCCUCCGGGACAACUCUUUUGCCAGCAACCCACACCUAGAACUCAUAGCCAAGAUCUUAGUGGGAGAUGAAGACACUUUGCUGGAACAUAAAGAACUUUUGGGCACCUGGUACCACUUCCUGGUCACAAGGCUCCUCUAUGGCCACCCCACCGUCAAAGCCACCGAGCUGCAUUUCUACGCUCAUUCAUGCAUGACCAUGUUUCUGGACCCCAGGAGCGUGCCAGAAGCCCUGGACAGCAUCUUACUUGCCGCUUUUGAAUUUGACAUCCAUCAGGUCAUCAAGGACUGCAGCAUUGCCCUCAACAAUUGGUGGUUCGUGGCCCACCUGACGGAUCUACUUGACCACUGUCAACUCCUCCAGUCUCACAAUCUGCACUUUGGCUCCAACUUGAGAGAGUUUCUGCUGUUGGAAUAUGCAUCCGGUCUCUUCAGUCACCACAGUCUGUGGCAGUUGGCCGUGGACUACUUUGACCACUGCCCGGAGUUUGGCCGCGUCUACUUGGAACUGCAGAUGGAGCGCAUCCCCUUAGACACAGAGCGCAAAGCCCUCAAGGUGCUCAGGAUCUGUGAGCAAAGGCAGAUGUCAGAGCAAGUGCGUAGUAUUUGUAAGAUCAUGGCCAUGCGCGCUCUGAGGAACAACAGACUGGGUUCCGCCCUCUCCUGGAGCAUCAGAGCCAAAGACGCCGCCUUUGCCACCUUAAUUUCAGAAAGGUUUUUACAGGAUUACUGUUCCAGAGGGUCCUUUUCCGAUCUGGACCUCAUAGACAAUUUAGGUCCGGCCAUGCUGCUGAGUGACAGGCUCACUUUUCUCGGAAAGUACCGUGAGUUCCACAAGUUGUACGGAGAGAAGUGCUUCAGGGAGGCGGCCAAGCUUCUCCUCUCCUUGAUGACUGCCAAGAUCGCGCCCAGGAGCUUCUGGAUGACGCUACUGACUGAUGCCCUGCCGCUGCUUGAGCAAAAAGAGGUCAUCUUCACAUCAGAGCAAACCUACGAGCUCAUCUUUUGUUUGGAGGAACUCACUUCCUCCUGCAACACCACCACCUCUGCCGCCACUUCCAUGACCGACACCCCCAUGCAGGAGGAAGACCUGGAGGUGACCAAAGUGGAGCUCCUGAGACUCGCCCUGGCCAGGAACUUGGCCAUGGCCAUCGUCAACGAAGGCACAGUCGAAGUGUGAACUCUCAUUAUGCGCAGCAACUCUUUUCUACUGUUUAUAAUCCUUUCCAACAAAAAUCUCAUUUUUUACAAUGAA